AUUAUUAUUUAUAAAUGUUCCAAUCGCCAGAUUCAAGCCAAUAAAAAGUCCUCCUUGUUGGGUCCUAAAUCUAAGAAAAACAAUAGAAUCCAAAAUGGCCAGUCAUAACAAGAACUGGUUCUUGGUUUCUCUCUUGCUCAUUAUAUUGCUUCAAAUCCAAACCAAAGUGUUCUGUUUUCAAUACCAAGUUGGAGAUCUAAAUGCUUGGGGUAUACCUACCUCAACAAAUUCACAAGUCUAUACCAAAUGGUCCAAAUUUCACAACUUCACCCUUGGAGACUCACUUUUGUUUCUAUAUCCACCAAGUCAAGAUUCAUUGAUUCAAGUAACACAAGAAUCAUACAAGAGUUGCAAUAUUAAAGAUCCAAUAUUGUUUAUGAACAAUGGUAACUCUUUGUUUAACAUAACAUCAAAAGGUGAUUUUUAUUUCACAAGUGGAGUAAAUGGUCAUUGCCAAAAGCAUCAAAAGAUUCAUAUAUCUGUUGGAGGAAUUGGAAAUGUUGAUGAUGAUGCUAAUAGUCCAAGUUCAUUGCCUGCAAAUGGACCCUCUUAUCAAAAUGCAUUUGGAAGCAUUCCAGUAGCUCCUUCUACAUCAAAUUCACAUCAUUUAACUUCAACUUUUCAUGUUCUUAUUGUUGGAUCUAUCAUAUAUGCAAUGUUCUUUGCUUUAAUGUAAAAGAUGAGUCAUAAAUGUUUAUUCUUAAUUUUGUUUA